UUGAUAGUAACUGUUUGUUUCCCGCGAAAAGAACAAGAAAAAACAAUGGCUAUUGCUGAUACACCGAUUCUCUCUCGAUUAGAUCGUUUAGAGAACAUGUUGAGACAGCUAGAAGAAAUUAGAUGCUGCAGCAGGCCACCAAAAAGCUCAUGUGCAUCUACUCCAUCAAGUGGGACCCUAACUAGUGAUGGCCUUCCCUCGUCCGUUGAUUUCUCCCCAAAGAGUCUAGAGAAGCAUUGCCGUCCGAUUAAUCGUGUGGUCAUGGAGACUGGAGUCAAGGGGACCCUCGUUGAGAGACUUGAGCAUGUAGAAUACCGUGUGUUGAAGGUAAUCAAUCACAUCAAAUGAAAUUGUAACCGUUUGAUUUUUUGAUGAUGGGGUAGUUUAAUCUGAUGGGUCUGAUGUAUUGUAUCAGCUGUGUUUGCAGUUGGAAGCAGAGGUGGAAGCUGCGAAAAUUAGAGAAGAAAAAGAGCAGAAAAGGAGUCAUAAGAAGAAGGGCCUAAAGCAAUUUGUUAAACUAAUUAUCAAAGGAAAACACAAAGAUAAAGCAAGGAUUAAUUAAUCACUUAAUAUAAAUCUUCAAUUUCGUUUUUUCUUUUUUCUUUUUUGUUUAUUGUGUUUUUAGUUCUCAACUUUUCUUGGGAAUUUUGUAAAGUUUGUAUUUUGAUAGAUUGCGAUAAGAACAAGAGUGAAUGAUAA